AUGAAGGAAUUGAAUACGGAUCUAUUCGACCCGAGAACUACGCUGAUGGAACCCGACUUUUCGCGGGCCGUGACGCCGUUGGCCGACGCUGACGGCGACGAUUUCGCCUUCGCCUUUAACGACAGUAACUUCUCCGACCGACAGCUUCGGAUCGAGAUCAUGGGUGACACACCCGAGUCCAGACCCGAUUCCGAGGCUUGCACCAGUAUCGCUGAUUGGGCCCUCCACCGGAAGCGGCGGAGAGAAGACAUCAAGAAGGAAAACAUUCUGGAUCUCGCCGAAUGCCCCGAGGAGCAAAUCUUGAAUGACAACCAGCCUGAUAUGGAUGAUUGCGAGGGCUGUGAAAAUCAAGAUGAGGAACCAGUUGCAAUGGUUGAAGAGUCACCUUCAGGGGAUGAAGCUGCAAACAGCAAUGACUCAGACUGGGGAAUGGAUUGUUCUACAGUUGUGAGAGUUAAAACAUUGCACAUUAGCUCUCCAAUUUUGGCAGCCAAGAGUCCUUUUUUCUAUAAGCUCUUUUCAAAUGGGAUGAGGGAGUCUGAACAGCGACAUGUAACCUUGCGAAUCAGUGCGUCUGAAGAAGCUGCCCUCAUGGAGCUCCUAAAUUUUAUGUACAGCAAUACCUUAUCCACCACCACAGCUCCUGCUCUACUGGACGUGUUGAUGGCUGCUGACAAAUUUGAGGUAGCUUCAUGCAUGAGGUAUUGCAGCCGGCUACUGAGGAAUAUGCCCAUGACACCUGAAUCUGCGUUGCUUUAUCUAGAGCUUCCUUCUAGUGUCUUAAUGGCUGAAGCAGUCCAGGCGUUGACUGAUGCUGCAAAGCAGUACCUCGCUGUCCGUUACAAGGACAUAAGCAAGUUUUUUGAAGAGGUGAUGGCCUUACCCCUAGCUGGAAUAGAGGCAAUUAUAUCCAGUGAUGAACUCCAGGUUGCAUCAGAGGAUGCUGUAUAUGACUUUGUGUUGAAAUGGUCUAGGACUCACUACCCUAAGUUGGAGGAAAGGCGAGAAAUCUUGGGUGCUCGACUUGCACGCUACAUUCGCUUCCCAUACAUGACUUGUCGAAAGCUGAAAAAGGUCUUAACCUGUAAUGAUUUUGACCACGAAGCUGCAUCCAAGCUUGUCCUUGAGUCUCUUUUCUUCAAGGCCGAGGCUCCGCACAGGCAGCGAAUUCUGGCAGCAGAAGAGUCUGCUACCUUGAAUCGUCGGUUUGUGGAGCGGGCAUACAAGUAUCGCCCUGUUAAGGUGGUGGAAUUUGAUCUUCCCAGACAGCAGUGUGUGGUGUACCUGGACUUGAAGCGAGAGGAGUGUGCAAAUUUAUUCCCAUCCGGACGGGUAUAUUCUCAGGCAUUCCACUUGGGUGGGCAAGGGUUCUUCCUCUCUGCGCAUUGCAACAUGGACCAGCAGAGUUCUUUCCAUUGUUUUGGGCUGUUUUUGGGGAUGCAGGAAAAAGGGUCAGUGAGUUUUGCAGUGGACUACGAAUUUGCAGCGAGAUCAAAGCCGACUGAGGAAUUCAUUAGCAAAUACAAAGGCAACUACACAUUUACAGGGGGCAAGGCAGUCGGGUACCGUAACUUAUUUGCCAUACCAUGGACAUCAUUCACGGCCGAGGAUAGUCCUUUCUUCAUAAAUGGCGUCCUUCAUCUUCGAGCGGAGCUUACCAUCAAACACUGACUUCUGUGUUCAGCCGAUUGUCGAAGAUUAUCUACCCCCGCGACCAUUUUCAUUUUGUUUGUAUGUGUUUGCGUUUUACCAUCCUUGUCCAAACUUGGAGAAGGCAUUGUAAUAACUAGACACGAUGUAGCGCUCUCCGUUUGGGGGCUUAAACAUGAAAGGUCUAAUGGCUGUACCAUACUUGGAAAGGUCUAAUAGCUCAGUUUUUAUUGGCCAUGGUUGUUUCAUUUCGUAUGGUAUUGGCCGUGGCUGACUCUAUUUUCUUC